AUGGCGUUUGGUGUUCAGAUUCCUGCAAUCCUGGAGAUCCUGCAGCUGGUGAAGAAGCGAGACCUCCUAUUGGCCGACAGCCACAUCCUGGAGCUGGAGCAGGAGUGCAGCGAGUCGUCCGAGCCCGAGGACGCCGCUAGCCCGGGCGUGAAGGACGGCGGGCGCCGGAAGGGAGUCCGCCUGCCGCCAACGGCUGGACCCAACCUCGGACUCGUGGUGCAGGUCCUGCAGCAGGAGGAGCAGGUAGAUAAAGACUGGGCCCAGAGUGCGGCUGCGGCCCCCGGGGGCCCGAGGCCUCGGCGUCUGAAGCAGAGGUGGAGGGAGGCGGUGGAGGAGGCCGCCGACGGCUCUCUCCCUCAGAAGGCCGAGUUCACCGCCGGAGAGCUGGACCGAUACCUGGACCGUCUCCGGGCCCGCGUGGUGGACGACCUGGGCGCCGCCAAGAGGAACGUGGUGUCCAUCUACCCCGAAGACUUCCAGCCCUUCCAGGAGUACGUGCAGAGCUACCACCAGGCGGUUGCUAGGCGACUGGGGGCGAUCACCGACAACCAGCUGGAGAUUACUGACAUCUACUCACUGCUGGACUGGCUGCACAACAUAUACAACAGGGACGUUCUGGGGACCGUGUGCAUCACGAGUCCCUUCAGCCGAGAUCGUCUGUGUCCUCUGCUGCCAUUAGAGACUGUAGGCCGACUGGAGCUGGACUGUCUCAACUCUGUCAGGACUAAAGUGACCACAGAGCUGAGCCAGGUCCUGGACGAGGAGGAGAAGAGAUGGAUGGAGACGCUGCACAUCGAGGAGUAUCAGAUCACGCUGGCCAAGACCGUCAUACAGAGGCUGCAGGUGGAUCUUGAGCGUUCGGCCUCCAUCAACAGGAGUUUGGGCUCCAGAGUGGCUCAGUGCAGCCUCAACGGCCUGGCAGACUUCCUGUAUAGUUUUCAGCGUAAGGUUGAGAUGUUUCAUGAGGCGAUGCAGAGCGGCAUGUUCGGGGACAACGAGGACGGAUACGUGUCCAAAACCAUCGCCCUGGUCAACUGCUGCCCUCCCUUCAGAGGGUUCGUGCAGCGCUGUGCUCAGUGUGAUCCGUCAGUCAGCGAGGACUCUCUGCGUCGGGCCAACAAAGCCCUCGAUCACAUCGUUCAGCAGGGAGUCAGAGUGCUGUCUGAACGCCUCUACCUUCACAUCAGGCCAUUCUUUGAGCGUCUGGUGAAGAGGAAGUGGCUCAGCAACACGGAGCCGUACGAGCAGAUCGAAGCUCUCAUCAAAGAAUACUUCAAGAAGUAUCUCAGGAUGGACAGUCCUCCGUACCAGCUGCUGGUGGCGGAGGUCCACCGGCGCGUGGUGAUGGAGUACCUCCGCUCGGUGAUGCGCGGCCGAAUCAUCUGCACCUCUAUGAAGAUGAGGAAGAGGAUGGCGGGCCGGCUCCGAGACGAAGGCAGACAGAUCAAAGUCCUCUUCAAAGACCUGGAGUCUCCGUCCAGCUGGUUGGACAGCGCUCUGUCUCACAUCUCGGAGAUCAUCCAGCUGGAGGACGUCCCGUCCAUCCAGAUGGAGGUCGGGGUCCUGGUCCGAGAGUUUCCAGACGUCAGGAAGAAGCACGUGUCGGCUAUCCUGAACAUCCGAGGGACGACUCGCCAGGCGGAGCGCCAGGAGAUCCUCAACAUCGUCAAAGACAUCGAGAGCAGCGAGGUUUCCUCCCCCUCCGCCGCCGGCGGCGUCGGCUCGGCCCGGCUGACCCGCGACCGCGCCCUCUUCUCCGAGGUCCCCGUGACCUCCGAGGUCCACUGCCUCAACGUGGGUCUGAGCCGCAUCGCCCUGACCGCCUCCUCCUGCUUCACCUCGCUGCGGCCGCGCCCGCGCAAAGCCAGGACGCCCGUCCAGGAGAACGCCGACGACGUUCUCUGAACGCACAAACGCUUCUCGCUCCCAACGACACUGGCGCCCGGUCCCCGUGUCUCUCAGCGUCUAGUCUACAUGACAUCACACUUCCAGGAUUUCUCUGGUGCUGCCUGAAAUUACACCAGAUCUGUCCCGUCCCCCUUCCUCUGUCUCUGUGUUGGCGUUCUAACCUCCGGCUGAUUGGUGAGGACUAUGGUUAACUGCUCCUCAGAUCUCUGCAGGGUAAAUCCAGACAGCUAGCUAGACUAUCUGUCCAAUCUGAGUUUUCUGUUGCACGACUAAAGGCCCCACACACACCGAGCAGACGGCCGACCCUCGGCAAUCGGACUGAUCGGUCUCCAAUUUGUCCAAAAAGUUCCUCAGAACUCACCGAAGAGACGAGACGUAAUACGUCUCCAUAGCAGCAGGCGGCGCUAAUCUGUAUAGUCGCCCAAAACAUGAAAACCGGCAGCUGAUUGGACGGAACGCGUC